AGAGCCAAGACAUGGCUAUCGACACUACCGCGGCGACCACUGCUUCUGUGUAUCUAAAGCUAUGUUCGAUGGCUAUCUGGUUCUACGACUAUUGCCUGACUAUUCCGGCUGAAUACAGCCUGUAUAAGAGGCAAAUGCAGCAGACGAGAUACACAAGAGCGUUCUGGCUCCUUAUAGCAGUUCGCUACCUGGGCGCGAUAGCGGUCAUAAGUAACUCUGCUGGAUACUUCGCGGCGCAACACUCUAGUGGGUCUUGCCUUGCGUAUCACUCAUGGGCUCCAGUAACACGAGUCCUUUCGUCGACUGCGACCCAGCUUGUUUUCUUUUGGCGAACGUGGGCUAUUGCAGGGCGCAGAAGGACGCCUUUCCUCGUGCUAUUGACAGUAUUUGUUAUUGCAUUCGCUGGUCAAACAGUCGCCAUAGUGCUCUUCAUCAUCCCGGCUCUACGAGCGGGCGACAACUGCGCCCUUUCGGCUAACAUUCCUCGAGGUAUCACCGCGAUGUAUUACCUUGUAACGAUGUUGUAUGACCUCGUGGUGUUCUCCAUCUCCUCGUUCUAUCUUCUGCGGGUGAAUACCACUCAGACCCAAACAUUUUCGUUCACACGAGCUUUGUUCCAUGAUGGUCUCAUCUAUAUGAUGGUAGCGACGUUCAUCAACGUCCUCGCUGUGACCUUCACCUUCAUGCCGUGGAAAUCGAUACAGACUAUGUUUAGCUCUCCAGCCAUCGCGAUCAUCACAAUCUCCGGCUCGCGAAUGGUCCUCAACCUGCAAAAUCGCUUCCAAGAUGGCACAAGCUACAACACCUCCUCUCACGAGCUCUCCGAACGGACCACGCACAAUCCCAGCAACCGACGCGACAUCGUCACCAUUGGCGGAACUCCCACAACGCCCGGUGGCCCUCGCCGUCACGGCCCCAGUGUCCACAGCGGACUAAACCGACAAAACACGGUCACCAAUACGAACGGACAGGUGUCCGUGAAUAUAUACGUGGAGACGCAGGACGAUGCUGGCUAUCCUGUCGAUAUGAAGGCUCAUGAUGGGAGCGAGGGCGCGAGUGCGAUCGAAGAGGAGGAUCAUGAUGUAGUCAAACCGGGGCCGCGGUGGGGCGUGGAGUAG